GCGUGUUUGUAAAUUACUACUAAAACAAUUAAUUUACAAGUGUGAACAGGCAUAAGUAGACAAUUGAUAUCUAAAGAACAAGGAUACACCUUCUUUCAUAAUGGCUGGAAACGAAGAUCUGGCAAGGUUGAUUAAUAUGGUUCUACUGAAGCAAGGGGGCCAGCUAAACAUUGACCAGUUACACCAGGACCUCACAAAGAACCAAGGUGUACAAAUUCCUAAUGUCCAGUCACUUUUAACUUUCUUGGAAACGUUCCCACGCAAUUUCGUCAUAAAAAGAAAAAAUGUGUCUAACGUGCGUGUGAUAUCGGAUAUCGAGACCUGUGCUGAACAUUGCAAGAAACAAGGAAGUUGCCGAAGUCAGAAUGGUGAAUGUGGCCGACUACACAUUUGCAAGUUCUUUCUUCUGUCUGGUCGCUGUCAUGUUGGUCCUAGAUGUGCAUUCGGUCAUGACUUUACAUCUCCGCAUAAUUUUAAGGUUUUCUUGUCGCAUAUGCUUGAUCCAAGGUCUAUCGAAGCAAUUUUUUUUAGAGAUCUGCUGUGUCGGAAUAAAUGCAGAAAUGCAAACACGAUGCCCGAUACAUGUAAAUAUUACAACAAAUCAACGACCUGCUCCAGCAAGAGAUGUAGAUGCCUGGGUCCGACUGCAUAAGAAACCAUUCCGUGGAAGAACCAUCUGUUAAAGACAUCCUUGAGGACUACGGUUUUGAUGUGAAACGACACCCUGAAGUAAUACUAGAAGAUCUUCAAAACUUCUAUAAAAAUACCUUAUCUACAAACAUCGGAUCAUCGCAACCUCCAGGUUUGCCCUACAGUAGUCGAUCGGCGAAUAAUUUAACUGACCCACCAUCACAAAGACAACACAGUAGAUCAGCGGGCAGACAGCAAGAAAGAGAUGGGACAUCUUUCCAAAGUCAUAUCGGAUCCGUGGAGCGAUACCAGAUGAGGGCUCCUCAACCAGACGGCUUUUCAUCUGACUCGGUCGGGGAACAAAAGGUGUAUGCGCCAACUCUGCGUCAACCACCUUCAGCAGUCCCAGCAGUGCCUGUUCCACAGCCUCCGGUAAUGGCCUUGCCUCCAAAACCAGCCAUAUCAACAUUAAAGGAGUCAACGUUAAAAAUCUGUAUUCAUUAUCUGCGAGGAAAAUGUCGUUAUGUGGGGGAAUGUCGAUGCCAUCACAAGUCGACAAUUUACCAGUGGCAAUGGAAGAGAAAUACUGAUUUAGAUUGGACAGAUUUUGACAAAGAUGAAAACAUAACUUUGGAGAAAAGCUUUAGUCAUGUUAAAGAAGCAGAGUGUAAUUUAAAAAUGGGGUAUGGUAAUGCUAUGUACUACUGUUCUUUGUGGCCAAUUGAGCAGAGUAGCCAAGAAUUCAAGUUGAUUGACAAACUUUUUCACAUGACCAUGUCCCAGGAGAGAUCAAUCAAGUCACUGGAGAGAAUCGAGAAUGGAGAACUGUGGAACAGUUUCUGUCUAAAACGAGAACAGAUGAAGAGAAAACUGAAGAAGGAUGUUGAUGAACGCCAUCUGUUCCAUGGGACACACGGUGACAGCAUCGACGCGAUCUGUCACCAAGGUUUUGACUUUCGGUUCUCCGGGAAAGCUGUAGGCACCUUACACGGAAAAGGAAGUUAUUUUUCCACCGAAGCAGGUUACUCCAAUUGUUACACUGGCAACUGCGGAAAGAUGUUCAUCGCUUUAACUUUGGUGGGCGACUUUUCAAAGGCUAACCAAUCGUUUGUACGUCCACCACCAAAAAUUUAUUCUAAACCACAUGGUGAUUUGUUUGACAGCUGUGUUGACAACGUAGAAAAUCCUAAAAUCUUUGUAAUCUUUGAUUUGUACCAGGUGUAUCCGCAGUAUCUUAUCACCUAUGAGUAAGACUGUGUCUUCAUGCACUGUGCAAGAUCACCCUGUUGGUAGAGUAAACUGAUCGUAAGUUUAGAAGCUGGGGCCUAAUUCACUAAACUCUCGUAACUUUUCGAUAUCGCAGUGCAAUGCUUAAAGACUUGCAAAGAGGAUGCUUUGUUGUCUAGCAGAGCCUA